CAAACUCUGAAAAUCCUCAUCAGUCUUGCAGAUCAUCGUGCACUCUCAGGAUCUGUUUCACUCUCGUGCGUUUCUUCACGUUUGAAUCGGAAGAAAGAAAGUGAGAUGGAUCGAGAGUGGUCUUACAACAAGAACUACGAAAAUAAAGUGGAUUACCGAAUUUAGUGAGGAAACAGGAACGUCUUCCUCUUCCCGUCUUCACAGUCGUCGCAGUCAUUACCACCAACUUUGGCCAAGUUCCCGAUCUCACUUUAACGAUCGGCCUUUCGUUGUCUUCGUGGUUGAGAGUUGGUGAGCAUCAUCGCCAUCAUAAAACACGAAAAAUGAAUCUGUCGCAGUGAAUAUUAAGCUAUCCUGGUACAGCUGCCACACGAUAACUGUUCCAGUGAUUCAGUGCAGAAUAGCAUGAUUAUUACGAAACCAAACUUUAAAACACUGACAGUGCAGUGAGUAUUCUUCAAGUGAUGUCAAAACUUUAAGCUUAUGUACGAGUAGGAGGAGGUGCGUGGUGGGAAAUAAAGUGAACGUGACGACUCGUGCUAUUUUUACUCAAACAUUUCUUCCUUUUUAUGGAACAAAAAAAUAUCGGAUCUUUUUUGGAUGUUUUUUGGUGGUGGUGGUGUUGUUAAGCCGAAAGGAGCGACACGACGCAUUCACGACGACUCCUGUUUGCUUUUCUUGGGAGGAAAGUGUAAAGUAUUGCCAUUUAUAUGUUGUGAGUUGUGGGAGGAAUCUUUACGGCGAGAGGAUUACUGUACGUGCAUACGUACUCGAUGCCAAUCGUGCCAUUCAUUCAGCAGGAUAAUUAGUUGAAACGAGGAAAAAUGAGAGUGGUGAAAUUGAACCUGAAAAUAAAUGUACACGAGAAGAACUAGAAUCGGAUGGUUCCUCCCUCGGGAAAUUGGAAACAGAUGAGAAAGUUUGUGUAGCAAGUGUCGCGUUUAGCUCAAAAAUAAUCGCCGACGGUUAGGAAGAAGAUGCUCCGGUAAAGAUGUCAAUUAGCAGUGUUUUGUAAAAUAAGUAUGAGAAAAGAGAUUUCGAAAAUGAAGCUGCCAAAAAGGACCAAUAACUCUCAAUCCUCCUCCUCGCCGCCGCAGUCUUUGCUUCCCCACACUAGUGCAAGUGCAAGUAAAAGUGCAUCGAGUGGUGUGGGCUAUUUAAGUUGUUUGUGGCUGCUGCUAUGUCUACUCAGCCCAGUGCCAUCCGCCAUGGGGGUGGCCAUAGUCAGAAGGAAUGUCGUGAAAAUUCCCCACGACGUGUUUCCUGGGUAUAGCAUCAAAAAAUUUGGAGCCGGCUCAACCGGCCAUGUUUUCCACCUUAUGCCCAAUGACUAUUCUGAUUAUUUCACGGUUCUGGACAACGGCAUUCUUAUGAGCACAGCAAAUAUGACAGAUCUCAUCGACCACCCCGUGUCACUUGUUGUGAGGGAAGAACUGCCCGAGUCAAACGUCUCAACCAACCACACGGUCCAGCUCUACGUCCUCGACAGCCACAACAUGCUCAAGUUCAAGGACUCGUAUGAGGCGAGUGUGUUGGAAAACUCUGCAGUUGGCAGCCCCUUAAAACUAAAGACGUUGGUCCGUCCAACGAGUGACCCCGACAGAAAAAUCAAGUACGAAAUUAUCGGAGGGGAUGGGAAAGGCUACUUCCACGCCAAGACCAAUUCGAGCAACCACGCCGUUGAGAUAUUCACCACCAAAGUUCUGGACAGAGAAGAGCAAAAGUCAUACUCGCUCAUGAUCAAGGCAUACGACGUGGUUGGGGUGGAUACUGCCGUCACUAAAAUCACUGUGACUGUUUUGGAUGAGAAUGACAAUGCACCCAUCUUCAGCAAAACCACGUAUCGAUGGGCUAUUCCAACGAAUACUACGAGAUUCAGCCCUGCGGGGAAAGUGCACGCUGAAGAUGCUGACGGUGACCACGUUUCCUACCGACUCACCAACAACAACCCCACCUUUGUCAUUGUCCCCCAAACUGGAGAGAUCCUGCUGGUGAACAAACCGGAAGAACAGUCGUAUCAACUGGAAGUACAAGCUCAUGAUGUUCGCACCCCGUCACUCUUCGCCAGCCAACAUGCCUCCGUCUUCAUUGAGGUUGGUUCACCAGAGUACUUGGAAGGAGUCCUGGCCCAGCAAGACCCAGACGAGGGGGUGGUUGUGGUCAUACUGGAUGGAGACGAUGAUAUCGACGACGACGAUGACGACAUGGAUUCUGAUCAAGAUGUUGACCUACCCAGACGGAAUCGUGGACCUUCGUACCGUCGAGCUAAACGGCGAGUAACUCGUGCAGUGAGACCGACAAUGAGGAAAGAGUUUCCCGAGUCGGAUGGACAGCAAGAGGGCAAAGUGGUCUUUGAGUUGACGAGAGAAAAUGAGUUUGAAACGUUCAAGAUCAGGGAUGAGAAUCCAUGGGUCACCGUUGAGCCAAAUGGGGCGGUGCGGGUCAAGAAGAAAUGGGACUAUGAGGAGCUGGGUCCGGAGAAAACGAUUGACUUUUGGGUGACCAUCUCUAACACUGGAAGUUCUGCUGCAAAAUAUACGGACAACCAACGAGUGAUUAUUUACUUGAAGGAUGUGAACGACGAGGUUCCAUACUUCAUCAACCGACCACUCCCAAUGCAAGCCGUGGUCCAGCUCAAUGCCCCACCAAACACGCCAGUGUUCACACUGCAGGCCCGAGACCCCGACACUGAUCACAGCAUCCACUAUUUCAUCGUCAGAGACAGAACCGGUGGUCGCUUCGAGGUUGACGAGAGGUCAGGAGUGGUGCGAACUCGGGGGACGGACCCCUUCCAGCUGGACAUGGAGUACGUGCUCUAUGUGAAGGCAGAAGACCAGAAUGGGCGACUACCAGACCGACGUUUCCAGUCCACCCCAGAAGAACGCCUCUCUAUUGUUGGAGGAAAACGACCCCCACAAUUUUACAUGCCAAAGUAUGAAGCAGAAAUUCCGGAAAAUCGCAAGAAGGACUCUGACAUCAUCUCGGUGAAAGCAAAGUCGUUUGCUGACCGUGAGAUACGGUACACUUUGAAAGCUCAAGGACAUCAGGGAGCUGGAACUUUUAACAUCGCCCCCAGCACGGGAAUUGUCAAACUAGCCAAAGAAUUGGACUUUGAAGAUCUCCGACAACCUCAUGUCUACCAACUCAUCGUCACUGCCACCGAGGACUCGGGUGGUUUCUCUACCACGGUUGAGUUGACGAUUCGCGUUACCGAUGUGAAUGAUCAAAGCCCGAAAUUCGAACUCCCGGAUUAUCAAGCUCAUAAUGUGGACGAAGAUAUAGCACUGGAAACUUCAAUUUUGAAAGUGAAAGCUACGGAUGCAGACUCGGGAUCUAACGCGGAGAUAGAAUAUCUCGUUUCGGACGAUCAUUUUAGCGUGGAUACGAACGGUGUCAUCCGCAACAGCAAACAACUCGAUGCAGAUAAUAACAAUGCAUAUUACGAGUUUGUUGUCACAGCUCGAGAUAAAGGAGAUCCACCAGCCACUGGAACCGCAACUGUACGCAUCUACACAAAAAACAAAAACGACGAAGAACCAAAGUUUUCUCAGCAAGUUUACACUCCCAAUGUUGAUGAGAAUGCUGGACCGGAAACACUUGUUACAACUGUGGUUGCCUCUGACAAAGAUGGUGACAACGUCCGGUUCGGAUUUGUUGGAAGCGGAACAAAGUCUGGACAAUUUGUGAUUGAAGAUUACACGGGUGUCAUCCGUCUCCACUCUGGAGCAAUUGAUUUGGACCGAGAUAAGUACGAACUGAAUGUGACCGCAGUUGACGAUGGGUCUUGUUGUGAAGGAGGCCAUCUCUCAGUCCACACUUCCACAGCGGUCGUUGUGGUUUUCAUUACCGAUGUCAACGACAAGCGACCAAUGUUUCAAGAAUGUUCACAUUAUGCUCCAAAAGUGAUGGAAGGUGCACCCAAUGGGACGCCAGUGGUGAAAGUCCAUGCGACCGACGAGGACAAAGGAGUCAACGGCCAAGUAAAAUAUUCCAUCGUACGACAACCAAAUCAGAAAGGAGUCAAAUUCACCGUGAAUGAAGAAACCGGAGAAGUUUUCACCAACAAGGUAUUUGAUCGUGAAGGGGACGAUGGAAAAUUUGUCUCGGUGACAGUAAAAGCCACGGAUCAUGGAGAUCCGCCUUUGGAAGGUGUCUGCUCAUUCACUGUCGAAAUCGAAGAUGUCAACGACAAUCCCCCACUUUUCGACAGACAAAAGUAUAUUGAAAAUGUAAAACAGGACACCGGAGUUAUGAGCAACAUUCUCCGAGUCUCUGCUUCCGAUGAAGAUGCAGACAACAACGGUGCCAUCGUGUACUCAUUGUCCGCACCAUCCAACCCCUCUGAUCUGGAGUACUUUGAAAUUCAACAAGAGUCCGGAUGGAUCAUACUUAAAAAGCCGCUCGACCGAGAAACGUACCGGCUUGAAGCGGUCGCCGUGGAUAAAGGCUUCCCACCUCUCUCUCGGACGGUCGAAGUACAAAUCGAUGUCGUCGAUCGACAGAACCAGCCUCCGGUAUGGGAUCAAGUCGUCUACGGCCCAGUGCACGUUAAAGAAAACAUGCCAGUGGGGGCUAAGGUCAUAUCAGUGAAAGCCAGCUCCGGUAUAGAAGGAAACCCUGUCGUAUUUUACCGAUUGAUACGUGGAUCCACAGCUCAAACCAACAAAUAUGAUACGUUUUAUCUACAACAACGACAAGAUAGCGGAUUCACGUGGGCCGACAUAAAGGUCAAUCAUCCAUUAGACUACGAGACGAACAAAGAGUAUAAUCUUACAAUUCGUGUGGAGAACAAUGGAGCUCAGCAACUCGCGUCUGAGGCGACAAUUUACAUCAUUUUGGAAGACGUGAAUGAUGAAAUACCUUUGUUCACGGAGCGAGAACAGGAGACAGUAGCUGAGGGGGAGAACAUUGGGACGAGAGUCAGCCAAGUAAACGCAAUCGACAAGGAUGGCACUGCUCCCAAUAAUCUGGUGAAAUAUUACAUCGCCAACUCGGAGGGGAAAGAUUACUUUGAAAUCAAUGAAUUCACGGGGGAAAUAUUCACCAAAAUCGUGUUUGAUCGUGAAAAGCAGGCAGCGUACGCUUUGGCCAUUGAAGCGAGAGACAGUGCUCCUUCCGCUCGACCCAACAGUAAUGGGCAACCAAACACUGUAACAAAAUUCAUCCGGAUUGGAAUUGCUGACAAGAAUGACAACCCGCCGUACUUUGACAAAGCUUUGUAUGAGGCAGAAGUGGAUGAAAAUGAGGACAUUCAACACACCGUGUUGACUGUGACUGCCAAGGACUUGGACGAAUCGUCAAGAAUUCGUUACGAAAUCACAAAGGGUAACACGGGUGGAGCAUUUGCAGUGAAAAAUAUGACGGGUGCCAUUUACGUUGCUGGGCCACUGGACUAUGAAACUCGAAAGCGGUAUGAUUUGACAUUGGUUGCCUCCGACAGCUUGAAUGAAAAUGAGACCACGGUGGUGAUGCGUAUAAUCGAUAAAAAUGAUCUCCCACCAGUAUUUUCUCAGUCAGUGUACAUGGCUGAGAUUUUAGAAGAGUUUACUUCAAACCUGCCCCUUAAGUUGACCCAGGUCAUUGCUACUGAUGGAGACCGGGACAGACCGCAGAACAUUGUUUAUUUUUUGACUGGCCAAGGGAUCGACUCUGAGAAUGCAGCAAAUAACAAGUUCGACAUCAAUCGGACCACGGGAGAAAUUUAUGUGCUGAAGCCCUUGGACCGUGAUUCUCCAAAUGGUCGAGCCCAAUGGAGAUUUACGGUUUUCGCCCAGGAUGAAGGUGGGGAAGGACUUGUCGGUUAUUCUGACGUUACUGUCAAUCUCAAAGAUAUCAACGACAACAGCCCCAUAUUCCCACUUGGAAUCUACUUUGGAAAUGUCACGGAAAACGGGACUUCGGGAAUGGUCGUAAUGACGAUGACUGCGGUGGAUUACGAUGACCCGAACGAAGGAACUAAUGCAAAGUUGACGUACAGUAUUGAGAAAAAUGUGAUUGACGAGGAGCAGAAUCGUCCCAUUUUUGAAAUCGAGCCAGAAACGGGUGUUAUUAAGACGGCUGUUUGCUGUUUAGAUCGUGAAAAGACUCCAGACUAUUCUAUACAAGUCGUUGCGAUGGAUGGAGGGGGGUUAAAGGGUACUGGGACCGCUAGCAUACGUGUCAAAGACAUAAACGAUAUGCCUCCGCAUUUUACGAAAGACGAGUGGUUCACAGAAGUGGAUGAGACGGAAGGGUCCACAUUACCCGAUACCCCAAUUCUCACAGUCACCGUUCACGACGAGGACGAGACAAAUAACUUCCAGUUUAAGGUUUUAGAGAACAGUGGGUUUGGUGCGGACAAAUUCACGAUGGUGCGGAAUAACGACGGGACUGGGUCGCUCAAGAUUGUGCAGCCUCUAGACUACGAGGACCCACAACAGAGUCAGGGUUUCCAUUUCCGAAUUCAAGUCAACGAUAAAGGGGAUUACAAUGACAACGACAAAUAUCAUGUGGCCUAUGCGUGGGUCAGGGUGGCACUGCGUGAUACGAAUGAUAACAAACCAAUAUUUGAAAAACCAAACAUCGAGGUGUCCGUCUAUGAAAAUGCAGAAGUGGGAAAGAGCCUCGAGACGUUUAAGGCGACGGAUCCAGAUCAGGGAGGAAAGAGCAAAGUUUCCUUUAAAAUUGACCGAUCCAGCGACAAGAAACGCCAAUUUCAAAUUAGUCAAGAUGGCACUGUGACAAUUCAAAGGACGCUUGAUCGUGAGGACACACCGAGACAUCAGGUUAAAAUCCUGGCAAUUGACGAUGGCACGCCCUCCAAGACCGCCACGGCCACGUUAACUGUUAUUGUGCAAGAUAUCAAUGACAAUGCCCCACAAUUCUUGAAGGACUAUCGCCCUGUACUUCCAGAACAUACGCCACCUCGAAAAGUGGUAGAGGUUUUGGCCACGGAUGAUGACGAUCGAUCCAAGGGCAACGGGCCUCCAUUCACCUUCAGAAUGGAUCCCAAUGCAGGAGACGAGAUUAAAGCCAGCUUUAAAGUUGAACAUUCUUCAAAGGGUGCAAAUGGAGACGGGAUGGCUAUCGUUUCAGCUCUUCGUAUGUUUGAUCGCGAACAAAGGAAAGAGUUCCUCGUCCCUAUUGUGAUCAAAGAUUCUGGUAAUCCUGCCAUGUCUGGCACGUCGACCCUCACCGUAAUCAUUGGCGACACUAACGAUCACAAAAUGCAACCUGGGUCAAAGGAAAUUUUCGUGUACAACUAUCAAGGAAUGAAUCCUGAUACCGAAAUAGGACGAGUUUACGUUUAUGACUUGGAUGAUUGGGAUCUCCCGGAUAAAAAGUUCUUUUGGAAGGAGAGAGACAAUCCUCAUCCAAAAUUUCUACUUGACGAAGAUACCGGAACCAUCACAAUGAAACCCGAUGUCCGACCUGGAAAAUACGAGCUGGAGUUUACCGUCUUUGAUAGAUACCAUACUCAACUUGGAGUUGCUGCCAAUGUCACCGUCAUUGUCAAAGAUUUGCCCUAUGAGGCUGUGGCAAACCAUGGAUCGGUUAGAAUUUACGGAAUUUCAGAUGAAGAUUUCAUCAGGAUCUGGGACUACAAGACGCAAUCAGUCAUUCCAAGCAAGGCAGAAAAGUUUAAGGAAAAAUUGGCACAGAUUUUAAACACGGAGCCCUCCAAAGUUGAUGUCUUCAGCGUCAUGUUAAAACAAAGGAGACCACCGAUUACUGACGUCAGAUUCUCGGCAUAUGGAUCACCGUACUUUAAAUCCGUUCGUCUGAAUGGCAUUGCAUUGCUGCAUCGCGAAGAGAUCGAAAAAGAAGUCGGUAUCAACAUAACAAUGGUCAAUAUAGAUGAAUGUCUGUACGAGAACAAAGUGUGUGAAGGAUCGUGCACCAACACCAUUGAUGUAAGUCCUCUGCCCUACACGGUCAAUGCCAACAAAACUGCCCUCGUGGGUGUGCGCAUUGAAACACUGGCCGAGUGCAUGUGCGGAGCAAGAAAUUUCACGGACAAGGAGAAAGAAUCUUGCAAGAAGUACGAGUGCUACAAUGGUGGGCGGUGCAUUGAAACAAAAUCUGGCCCAGUUUGUCAUUGUCCUCCGGGUCGCGAUGGUCCAAGAUGUCAGAUCACAAGCCGAUCUUUCAGGGCAAACGAUUGGGCAUGGUAUUCCCCAUUGGAAAUGUGUGAAGAGUCGCAUUUGAGCAUCGAGUUUAUCACCAAGAAGGAAGACGGACUAUUGCUGUACAACGGUCCAAUGGUCGAGCCAGAGACCGAUGAACUCAUCCUGCACGACUUUAUCUCACUCGAACUGGAAAAAGGGGAACCCAGACUCCUCAUAGAUUUUGGCUCCGGAACUCUCGAACUAAGGGUAAAACCUAACGGUUCAUUAUCAAAUGGGGAGUGGCAUCGGAUUGAUGUCUUCUGGGAUACUGAGAAUGUUCGAAUGGUGGUCGACUUUUGCAAAUCUGCUCGAGUUGUCGAAGCGGACGACGGGAGCCCGUCUGUGUUUGAUAGCACCUACUGCCAAGCACAAGGACAAAUCCCUCCAUUUGAUGAGUACUUGAAUGUGAACACACCUCUGCAAGUCGGCGGAAUGGUUGUGGAACACCUUGAAGCCAACCACUACAGAUGGAAAUAUCUUCCCACGACUAAAGCUUUUGAAGGUUGCAUUCGAAACUUGGUACACAACAGCAAGAUCUACGACCUCGCAAAUCCCGGGCAUUCCAGACACAAGGCUCCCCCGGGUUGUAGUAUGGUUGAGGACGCCUGUCUAGGAAACGAUCUUAUGCAGAGGUGCUCCGAACAUGGGACCUGUGUGGGAACGUUUACUGAUCCUCGUUGUGAGUGCAAGCCAGGAUGGAUGGGCCCUGGAUGCUCAAUCCCCACGGUUCCAGCGUCAUUCAAAUCCCAGAGCUAUGUGAAAUACGCAUUGUCUUUUGAACCAGACCGAUUUAGUACGCAAAUUCAAUUACGAUUCCGGACUAGGGAAAUGCACGGGGAACUGUUUCGCAUUAGUGACCAGCACAACAGAGAAUAUGGAAUACUCGAGAUUAAAGAUAGUAGACUAAGGUUCCGGUACAACCUCAACAGUUUGAAAACCGAAGAACAAACUCUGUGGCUAUCCUUCGUCCCAGUUGACGAUGGACAAUGGCACACGGCCAGAGUCACUCGGUACGGCUCUGUGGCUGCGUUGGAAAUCGAUGGUGGCGAAGGGCGCAAGUAUAACGAAACCUUCAUGUACGAAGGUCAUCAGUGGAUGAUGGUGGACAAGCAGGAGGGUGUAUACGCUGGUGGCAAAGCUGAAUACACUGGACACCGGUCAUUCGAAGUUUACGCAGACUAUCAAAAGGGAUGCAUUGACGACAUCCGUUUGGAAGGAAAGCACUUGCCCUUGCCGACCGCAUUGAACGGGACACAAUGGGGACAAGCUACCAACUGGAGGAACUUGUCACCCAACUGUCCCUCGAACAAACCCUGUGCAAAUGUCAUAUGUCCACCACCUUUUGAAUGUGUGGAUUUAUGGAACGAAUAUGAGUGCGCUUGUGGUGAAGGAAUGGUGAUGAGCCCAGAUGAAAAGCGUUGUGAAGAUCGGAACGAGUGUUUGGACAAUCCUUGUCUCAAUAACGGCGUCUGCUCCAACCGAGAAGUCCCCUACCGAUACUAUUGCGAGUGCCCCCCUGGUUAUUGGGGUCAGAAUUGCGAGCUGUAUCAGGAAGGCCAAAUACUCACCUUGAGCAUGGGAGCGUUGGCCGCCAUUCUCGUUUGUCUUCUCAUAAUACUUAUUUUGGUUCUUGUAUUCGUCGUGUACAACCGUCGUCGAGAAGCGCAAAUUAAGUAUCCUGGACCAGAUGACGACGUGAGAGAAAAUAUAAUCAAUUACGAUGAUGAAGGCGGUGGUGAGGACGACAUGACUGCUUUUGACAUUACACCACUCCAGAUCCCCGUGGGUGCUCCAGGGCAUGAAAUGAUGAUGCCCAAAAUGCCAUAUAUGAUGAAAAUGCCCGACCCACAAAUGAUGUCAGGAGGUGAACCAAAUGUCGGAGUUUUUAUCGACGAUCACAAGAGAAGAGCAGAUCACGACCCUAACGCUCCACCAUUUGACGACUUAAGAAAUUACGCUUAUGAAGGAGGCGGAAGUACAGCCGGCUCAUUAUCGUCGCUAGCUUCAGCAAACUUGUCAGAUUUUGAGGCUUUUGGAGGUACCGAUGAUCAAGAACAAGACUUUGACUACCUUAACGGAUGGGGUCCCCGUUUCUCAAAAUUAGCAGACAUGUAUGGAAAUAAUAACGAAAGUGAAGAAGAUGACCAAUGAAAAAGUCAACAAUACGUCGUCUCGUCAAUGUACUGCCGUUCCUCAAUGCGUACUUAAGCACACAGUCAAAUAAUCAUAAGUUAUAAUUUACCAUCGUCGUCAAUACCUAUUAUUAUGCACGAGAAGAAAAAUUCUCCUUUCCGUCAGGACGUAUGUACCUGACUGGAAAGAAAAAUGUAUGAAAAUUCAAUUUGCGUGCCAUACUCCACAUCUUGGGCAACUCUCCAUAAUUUACGUUCUUGAUAUCAAUGGCUUAAUUUUAUAUGAUGUCCGGUAAUAUCGUCCUUUUUGUUGGCCAAGUUUUGGACGUUACUUUUACUAUAAACGUCGUCUCAGGUCCUUUAUUAAUUUUUUUUUAUCAGCUGUCUUCGAAUUAAUCUGUGUUACUGAUCUGAUUAAUAAUAAUACUGCCAAAGUUUUAUUACUUGAUAUUACAAUGCACGAUGAGUGACUGCUGCAUUUUGGAGAAUUCAACGUGCCAGUUUCAGUUCCUGUGGAAUUGAAUCAAUCCAAUAAUAGAAUCUCAAAACUCAUGAAUGAAAACGACACUGGCAUUUAUUGUUGUCUGACAACAAGUUCCAACUGAUCUCAUAUACAUAAGAGAAGAGUUUGAAUAAGAGAGUUUUGUAAGCUUUAGAGUAGUCCAUCUCCAUAAUGGUAAGACAUAUACACCGCUCAAAUGUGUUUUGUUUUAAGGACUACCUGCAAUAUCAUACGUUUUAAGAUAUUUUAAGGUUGUAUAGCAUUAUUUUUUAUUAUUGCAUGCAAAUGCUAUACAUUCCACCAAUAAUUUUUCUACGUAAAUUUACAUAACAAGAAGAACCGUUCUUCUUGUGUCAAAAUAGUCAACUAAUGUGCUGCUAACCUCCUAAAUACAUAUGUAAAUACAUUUAUGUAAUGAAAAUUUUAGAACUUGAUGCAUUCGUUUUUUGUGUAAUAUGUAUGAAUUAAUAUGUAAAUAUAUUACGCAUAUUAUAAACUUGAUUGGCUAAAAACUCAUCUAGAAAGUCAGACACAAAGUUCUUCUACCUCAAGGGUUUCCCCAAAAUUUAUGACUUCCAAAAUCACUAGCAAAAUAAACAAAUUUCUUAACUUUCAAACAAGAACUCCAUACCCCGUCAAAAUGAAGAUAAUACAAGUUUGAAGAAAUUGGGUCCUUCUUUGUAAAAAUUUUCCUAUUCACCAAAUUGUGAAUCCGUGGUAUGGACUAUGACUACGGAGGCAGCAAAAAAAACUCCCAGUGCAAACUAUGUAAUAUGUAAAUGUGUUAGGUAACUAAUAAGUGUUGUAAAAGGGCAAAAUUACUGUGAAACUGAAUCAGUGAAAUCAAAUUCUCCACCUCUGCGUAAUUCGACGAGUUUUUUGUACGUUUAAUGUUAUAAAGAUAUCAAGAACUAACUGGACAUUUCUAAUAUCUGCUAUUUAUUCGUCCUUAGUUGUUGUAAACCUUGUAAAAGCUAAAUAAGACUGCUUAUCUAGAGCUAUUGACUACAUAUAGACGCCGAACUUGUGUUUGAGCCCUUGUUGUAAGAAUCGCUACCUACUUUUAUCAUCAGUCGUCUGGCCAUUAUUGCUCUCAAUGUUUGGAUAUAUUUUGUACGUUUUCAACCUCAACAUUACUCAAAAACAACCAACACCUAGGGUGCGGAAAUAAAAAUACUAAAAUACUUUUAAAAGUAGGAAAUAUAUUUCAAUGUAAUCCAGACUAGUAGAAUAACUAACUUUCAACUAUGUAAGUAAUUAAUUAAUUAUUACAUAUAUGUAUAUGUCAAACAUGGAUAUGAUGAGUCUGGUUCCAAUUGCACUGUCAAUCUGCGCAAUGUAACGAACAUUUUUAAAUCGUCAAAUUAUAGUAAAUGUCAUUAAAUCGUGAUUGAUUUUUAAAAUAAAUGAAAAUUCAGUCUUCUUAAUUGUUCCAGUAAGAAUUGGUACAAUAAUGUUCUGGUUGAUUUUGUUAUUUUGUUGUAUUAAUCUUCUAAGUUUAGUUCUUUUCCGUACAAGGUAAACCAAACCAAUAGUUGUUCAUUUAUUCAGGAAGUCACUGUUUCUUGCUUUAUUUUUAUUUCCAAACAUUUUAUGUUCAUUUAUUCAUUAAUUAGUUUAGUUGAUUAGAAAUGAUGAGGAGUCAUUCAAUGACCAAAGCUUCAUCAUCAAUCAUUAAUUACCUGUUGAAGUAUUCGUUUGUAAUAUUUAUUUGUAUUUUAUAUCGUUUGUUAUACUUUUAUUUUAUACUUAUUUAUGUUAUGUACUCGCUGUGAUCUUAACGUUUAAACAUGUAGUUGGACGUAGUGAUUUAUUACGUUACAUAUUAUUGCAGAUGACAUUCAGUCAUAAAAUAUACGUAAUUAUGCAUUUAAAA